AUGUCAUCACCUACUCAAACUCCAAGAUCAAGAAGAAAGAGACAAAAUGAAGAUAGACGUCUCGAUGAUGAUGAUGUAUUAAUGAAUGCUUCAUCACCAAUAGGUAAUGUUCAACCAUCAUCUCCUAUAAUGGGCAGCUCACCACAUCAAUCACAAUUACCUUCUUCUCCAGCUAUACCUUUUGAUGCUGUACCCGAUAAUGAAGAUGAAAUUGAUUUACAACAAGACGUACAGGGUUUAAAUAACAGUGAUGAUGAAAGUGGUGAUGAUUUAAUGGAAAAUUUGGAGAGAGAUUAUAGAGCAAAUGCAGAACAAGAUAAUUAUGAUUUGAAUGAUGGAAAUAUUAAUGAUACUGAAGAAUUUGAAGAAAUGGAUGCAGCCAGUAGAAGAAGAAUUGAUGAACAAUUAAAUAGAAGAGAUGCAAUUUUACAAAAUGCAAACAGAUCAAGAAGUGGAGCAUUUUUAGAUGAAGGUGUAGAUGAUGAAGAUGAUUAUAUGGAUGGUGUUAAUCAACUAGGUUUACCAAUUCAAAGAAGAAGAAGAAGAGGUAAUCGAGAUGAAGAUGAUGAGAGUUUAGAUGAUGAUGAUAUUGAAAUUGAUCCGUUUAAUGAAGAAUUAUCAUUAGAAAGUUUGAGUGAUGUUAAAGCUCCAAGUAUAACUGAAUGGAUUCUACAACCAGCUGUUUCGAGAUCAAUUGCAAGAGAAUUAAAAUCAUUCUUUUUAGAAUUUACUGAUAUGAAUGGUGAUUCAGUUUAUGGUAAUAAAAUGAGAACUCUUGGUGAGGUUAAUGCCGAAAGUUUAGAAGUUAGUUAUAAAGAUUUAGCAGAUUCAAAAGCCAUUUUAGCAUUAUUUUUAGCUACUACUCCUGCUGAAAUGUUAAAAAUUUUUGAUAUUGUUGCUAUGGAAGCCGUUGAAUUACAUUAUCCAAAUUAUUCACAAAUUCAUGAAGAAAUACACGUUAGAAUUAUUGAAUUUCCAACUUUAAUGAAUUUAAGAGAUUUAAGAGAAGGUAAUUUAAAACAAUUAGUUAGAGUUUCUGGUGUUGUUACAAGAAGAACUGGUAUUUUCCCACAAUUGAAAUAUGUUAAAUUUGAUUGUUUAAAAUGUGGUGUUGUAUUAGGUCCAUUUGCUCAAGAAUCAAAUACUGAAGUUAAAAUUUCAUUUUGUACAAAUUGUCAAUCCAAGGGUCCAUUCAAACCAAAUGCUGAAAAAACUUUAUAUAGAAAUUAUCAAAGAAUCACAUUACAAGAAGCGCCAGGAAGUGUUCCAGCUGGUAGAAUUCCAAGACAUAGAGAAGUUAUUUUAUUAAGUGAUUUAGUUGAUGGUGCUAAACCAGGUGAAGAAAUUGAAAUUGUUGGUAUUUAUAAAAAUGAUUAUGAUGGUGGUUUAAAUGCUAGAAACGGAUUCCCUGUUUUUAAUACAUUUAUAGAAGCAAAUUCUAUUCGAAGAAAAGAAAAUGAUUCUUUGAUGGGUGGAAAUAAUUUAAGUAUGUGGACAGAAGAAGAAGAAAGAGAAUUUAGAAAAUUAUCACAAGAAAAGGGAAUAAUUGAUAAAAUUAUUUCUUCAAUGGCACCUUCAAUUUAUGGUCAUAAAGAUAUUAAAAGUUCAAUUGCUUGUUCUUUAUUUGGUGGUGUUGCCAAAAAUGUAAAUGGUAAAUUAACAAUUAGAGGUGAUAUUAAUGUUUUAUUAAUGGGUGAUCCAGGUACUGCAAAAUCACAAAUAUUGAAAUAUGUUGAGAAAACAUCAAGUAGAGCUGUUUUUGCAACUGGUCAAGGUGCUUCUGCUGUUGGUUUAACAGCUUCAGUUCGUAAAGAUCCAAUUACUAGAGAAUGGACAUUAGAAGGUGGUGCUUUAGUUUUAGCAGAUAAAGGAACAUGUCUUAUUGAUGAAUUUGAUAAAAUGAAUGACCAAGAUAGAACUUCAAUUCAUGAAGCUAUGGAACAACAAAGUAUUUCAGUUUCAAAGGCUGGUAUAGUUACAACUUUACAUGCUAGAUGUGCAAUUAUAGCAGCUGCUAAUCCUAAUGGAGGUAAAUAUAAUUCGACAUUACCAUUAUCACAAAAUGUCAAUUUAACAGAACCGAUUUUAUCCAGAUUUGAUUUACUAUGUGUUGUUAGAGAUUUAGUUAAUCCUGAAGCAGAUGAAAGAUUAGCAAAUUUCGUAGUUGAUUCACAUAUGAGAUCUCAUUUAAUUGAUGAAGAAGAUGAUGAAGAAGAAAAUAAUUCAGGUUCAGAUUUAGAUGAAGAGGCCGUUGUUUCUUCAAGAACUGCUAAAAAGAGUCAAUUACAAAAAGAAAAAGAGUCAGAAAUUUCUCCAAUUCCACAAGAUCUCCUUAUUAAAUAUAUUCAAUAUGCAAGAAUGAAAAUUCAACCAAAAUUACAUCAAAUGGAUAUGGAUAAAGUUGCAAAAGUUUAUGCAGAUUUAAGAAAAGAAAGUUUAAUAACUGGUUCAUUCCCUAUAACAGUUAGACAUUUGGAAUCUAUAUUGAGAAUUGCUGAAUCAUUUGCUAAAAUGAGAUUGAGUGAUUUUGUAAGUCAAAACGAUUUGAAUAGAGCUAUAAAGAUUAGUAUUGAUUCAUUUGUUGGUACUCAAAAGAUAUCAGUUAAGAAACACUUGGAAGCUAAAUUCAAGAAAUAUACUUUACCAACAAGACAAAGAGUAUAAUUUGGUGUAACGUGAAAUUUAGGUGUUUGGAUUUAUAUAGUUUCAAUUCUUUGUAUAAUGAUUAAUGUAUUUGCGGUAAAAUUUUGAGUUACUUUUGCUCUACAACUUUAUAUAGAGACAGUAGACUAAACUAGAACUAUAAUUUAAGCUUGAACUAGUUUUUUAGGGAAAGUUAUCACUUUGAUUAAUUAUAAAAUUCUGUCUAUUCUCGAGGCAGCAAAAUUCAUGACAUGCUAGGCUGCUUAUGACCAAAAUAUACACUGAACGAGUCAAAUAAAACAAUAUAACUUACUGCAUUACACUUAAUACUCUUCUUUGACAAUUUUGAUAAUUCAUUCGUAUAACGUCGAUAGUCAAUGUCGAUAAUCAAUCAAUCUCGUCCUAAUUUUUUUUUUUUUUACCAAAUUUGAUAACGCGAUUGAAAGUAAAUUAAUUAACUAAAUUGAUGCUAAAUUUAGAAGAGUAAGCCAUCCCAACAAUAACAACCAAUGAAAAUCUAAUACUAACAUAAUUUAGUACUAUUGAGAACAUCAAACUAUGUAAAUUUAUUCCUGAAUCAGAUGUUGAAGAAUUAUGUUCAAAAGUAAUAGAACUACUAAUUUCAGAAGCUAAUAUUCAAUCAAUAGAUGCACCAGUAACGAUUUGUGGAGAUAUACAUGGUCAACUUCAUGAUUUAUUAACAUUAUUUAAAACUGGUGGUGCUCUACCUCAAACUCAAUAUUUAUUUCUUGGUGAUUUUGUCGACCGUGGGUUUUAUUCCCUCGAAUCAUUUUUAUUAUUAUUAAGCUAUAAGUUAAAAUAUCCAGAUCGUAUAACAUUAAUUAGAGGCAAUCAUGAGUCACGUCAAAUUACUACAGUUUAUGGAUUUUAUGAAGAAUGUAUGAGAAAAUAUGGAAAUUUGAAUGUAUGGAGAUAUUGUUGUGAAGUUUUUGAUUAUUUAUCAUUAGGUGCUAUAAUAGGAAACAAAGUAUUUUGUAUUCACGGAGGUCUAAGUCCUGAUAUUUAUACUAUAGAUCAAAUUAGAAUACUAGAUAGAAAACAGGAAGUACCUCAUGAAGGUGGAAUGUGUGAUUUAUUAUGGUCUGAUCCUGAUCAAGAUACAAAUGGUUGGUCAAUAAGUCCAAGAGGUGCUGGAUUUUUAUUUGGGGAAAAUGAAGUUAAGAAAUUUCAACAUUUGAAUGGUAUUGAUUUGAUUGCAAGAGCUCAUCAAUUAGUGAUGGAAGGUUAUAAGGAAAUGUUCGAUUCUAAAUUAGUAACUGUAUGGAGUGCACCUAAUUAUUGUUAUAGAUGUGGUAAUGUUGCUAGUGUACUAACUAUUGAUGAUGCAUUGAAUCGAGAUUAUAAAGUAUUUGAAGCUUCAAAUCAAGAUGUAAAUUCGAUGCCUUUGAAAAAACCACCUGCUGAUUAUUUUAUAUAA